GAGAGGAGCGCACGUGUCGGCGUGGUUGGUGUACAUUUACGAGCGAUCGGUUGUGGUGUGUGAAUCGUGUGUCAGUGAAGUUUAUUUGCUAGUUUCGUGGAUUUUUAUUAAAUUAAAAUGUCUCCGAAACAUUAAUAUAAAGUGCUUGAAUUCAAAACCUGUUGGAUUCCUAUUGGGUUGUACGAAUAUGCUCGUAUACUUUGCAGUUCUUUGAGGUAUGCGAGCCCGGUAAUUGGCAAUAUGGAGGCUUUACUUCUGAACCUUAUAAACAACUGCAAUAUGGAAAUGGACGAUGACAACUGAAUGAGGCAACGCUGUCACACUUCGUGUCAAAAUGGAUUCAGAAAGCCGAAGUGAGUCUGCACUGAAUAGUCCCACCGAGCCCGAUGUAUCUCUGGCAGCUUCUAUCACUGACCCCUUGGAAGCCCAUACCCUCGAUGAGGCUAGGAGGACGAUAAGAGAUCUUCGUAUGAAGUAUCGGGCGCAAGCGCAUCAGCUUCUAACAUGGAGACGAUCACAACGUACUCAAGAGGAACUAGUCACGCGACUGCAGCGAGAAAAGGCGGAGCAACUGAAGAUGCUAUCAAGCCAGCUACUCCUCUUCGAAUCCCGUUUGGUGCGUAAACAAAAAGAGAUCACCAAUAUGCUAGCUUUAAGGGAGUCCAUUGUAAUGAAACAACAAAAAGUGAUUGAGACACUUCAGGCCAAACUUCUUGACAAUGGCAUCGAUGUUUCACAAACGAUUCCUGAUUUUAGAGAGAUGUUGCAAGAUACAAACAUCACGGGUGAUUUCGAUUCACUUAACGAUUCCGAUUCUGCGGUUAUUAUGGAAGAUAUUGACUCUGAUUGCUGUAAUAUGAAUCCACCUAAAUUUCGGUCAGUCAAUCCGGAUAGCAUUACUGUUGCACGUUCAAUCUCAGAUGCUAUAGAUCCGAAUCUUAAAUACAGUGCAGCUAGACGUUCAAACGGCUUUUUGAGGAGGCCAGAAAUCUUAGAAACAGUGUACAGCGUUGAAGAAGAAGCUGAUAGUGAAUCAUCUAAAGGUCUAAGUGCGCAAAAUAGCACAGAAAAGGAUCUUAAAGAUCCAAAUAAAACGGAUGAGCAAAAGAGCAGUCUUUUAGCUCAGAGGCGAGAUAAUUUCCGAAUGCGAAGUUUUGUUCUGACAGCAGAAGUUAAAAGUAUAGAUAGUGAUAAAGAUAAGCCCAAACCAGGGAGUGAUAUGUGGUCCUAUAGUUAUGUGCCAAAAAGAAUGACGCCAGCUAAUGAUUCUGAUGAAGAAAUAACUUCUAAUGCUGAAAGUGAUGAGGAGGAACCGGAAGCUAAGUCCACUCAGGUCGUAACAUAUAAUCGUGUUAUGUCAAACCACAGAAAUGUGACCAAGCCGAAGGAUGUAAAAUAUAAAAGGAUAAAUAAAGCUAAAUCAAAGAGUCUAGAAGAAUUGAGAGGUCGUUUAAAGAAUUGGGUUGAAAAAGGAAGUAAAUUGUCGAAUAUUCCUUUAGAACACGCACAGAGUUAUGCCUAAAUCAUUGAAAAAGUUCCUGGAUUCAAGUCUAAUUUUGAUUGAGGCCGGAGAUGUGUGAGUCAUUAUAAUAUCUAUAAUUAGAUACCGCAUUUACCGAAAUCACAAAUAUAUUCAAAUAUACAUUUCAAAAUGUGAUCAUUACUUAGAAAUAUUUUAUGCACCCUUCGCGUAGUUGUAAAGUUAAAGUAGAUAUCUUAAAUUAACAAAAGUAAUCUAUUCUUGAUAUUGAGUCUUUUGUAAAUAAUCUCCUUGAAUAUUUAUUUACCAUCUGAAAAAUAUUUACGUAUUUAUUAUGUGAUUUAAAUUACGUUAAAUGAAUGUGAGCUUCGAAUUGCCAAUUAAUCGCACGACUGAAUUUUCGAUGAAUCAUUUGUAAAUAACAUUUAUUAUAAUGCUAUUAACACUGUGAUUUAGUUAUUUAAUAUCAUAUUUGAUGAUAUUAAUUUGUGCAUUUUACAUGGGUAAGGUGGAAUCAGUAAUAUUAUCAAAACUAUGGUAAGCUAAUAUUUAACUUCACAUUGUUAAUAUAUUUAGUGAGAGAUAAUCAUUUUAAUUCUUGUAUGUUGUUCCAAAAAUAUAGUAAUACAUGUAUUCUGUAGAAAGUGGAAAGUGA